AUGAAUUUUUCUAUCACAGAUUCAUUUUGGUAGCAGCUAUGUUAUCUCAUGAAUUCUCUGGGGCACAGAAAUCACACUGCAGUGACAGAGUUCAUUUUAUUGGGCUUAACAAAUGACCCAACCCUGCAAACCAUCCUCUUCGUGAUCAUCCUGUGUAUCUACCUGGUGACCAUAUGUGGCAAUCUCAGCACAAUCAUUCUUAUCAGAUUCUCUCCUCAGCUCCAUCAUCCAAUGUAUUUUUUCCUGAGCCACUUGGCCUUUGCUGACAUGGGCUGCUCAUCUUCUGUCACACCCAAUAUGCUUGUAAACUUCCUGGUGGAAAGAAAUACCAUCUCCUAUCCUGGAUGUGCCACCCAGCUGGGUUCAGGUGCUUUCUUUGGGUCGACGGAGUGCUUCCUUCUGGCUGCCAUGGCAUAUGACCGCUUUGUGGCCAUCUGCAACCCACUGCUCUAUUCCACGAAGAUGUCCACACAAGUCUGUGUUCAGCUACUCAUAGUGUCUUACAUCGGUGGUAUUUUCAAUGCUUUCUCUUUUACGAUUUCCUUCUAUUCUGUACUCUUCUGUGGACCAAAUUGGGUCAAUCAUUUCUUCUGUGAUUUUGCCCCCUUGCUGGAACUCUCCUGCUCUGAUGUUACUAUUCCUGCAUUUGUCCCCUCAUUUACAUCUGGUUCCAUCUUUGUGGUCACAGUGGUUGUCAUAGCCACUUCCUACAUCUACAUCCUCAUCACCGUCCUGAAGAUGCCCUCCACUGAAGGAAGACACAAGGCCUUCUCCACCUGCACCUCCCACCUCACCGCGGUCACUCUGUUCUAUGGGACCAUCAUGUUCAUUUACAUGAUGCCCACGUCCAGCUACUCCACUGACCAGAACAAGGUGGUGUCUGUGUUCUACAUGGUGGUGAUCCCCAUGCUGAACCCCCUCAUCUACAGCCUCCGGAACAAGGAGAUUAAGGGGGCUCUGAAGAGACAGCUUGGCAGAAAAUUAUUUUCUUAGUGCAACCUGUUAUUUUGAAGUAUAUGAUAAGGAGAAACUGAGUGAGUGUGUUUUAACAAUAUCCAUGGUAUGUCAUUAGUCAAGACACAAUUUUUUAGUAAGUGCAGGGAGUGGAUUUUCAGAUAUCUAAUUGAAAACCAGAGAUUGAUAGUGCCUCAUUUUUCCCUUAAUAAAAUAAAAUUAUACUUAAGAUAAACAAACUGG